AGACAAAUAGUUUUGCAGUAAGUCAUGUGUUGUAGAUAGUCACAUGUUGGACCAGGAAAUACAAACCUGUUGUCGGCAGAAAUCGCUUAAGAGUCACUUUUGCUGCUCACGGUCAGUGAAGUUCACCUGUGGUCAGUCAUGCAAGUGACUCCGUGUCAGAUAUCGCUGUUUCUUUGUCUACUAUCAUGCGCAGCAUCAUUCGGGACUCGAUACACGCCCGACUGGGACAGUUUGGACUCCAGACCUCUUCCUGAAUGGUACGAUGAGGUGAAGUUCGGGAUCUUUGUUCACUGGGGGGUGUUCUCAGUGCCAGCGUUCGGCAGCGAGUGGUUCUGGUGGUACUGGAAGGCCUCACUAAAAUUUGAAUAUAUCCUGUUCAUGGUCAAAAACUACCCGCUUGGAUUCAGGUAUGCGGAUUUCGCUCCUGAUUUCCACGCGCGGUUUUUUGAUCCCGACGAGUGGGCUGAGAUCUUCGAGGCUUCGGGAGCUAAGUAUGUGGUCCUCACAUCAAAACACCACGAAGGUUUUACAAACUGGGGGUCCCCGACCUCUUGGAAUUGGAAUUCUGUUGAUAAUGGACCUCACAGGGAUCUUGUUGGAGAUUUGGGAGCUGCAAUAAGAAAGAGGUCUCUGCAUUAUGGACUCUACCACUCUCUGUAUGAAUGGUUCAAUCCCAUCUACCUGAGUGACAAGCGAUCUGGUUUCAAGACCCAGGACUUUGUUGAAAAAAAAGCCAUGCCAGAGCUCUACGAUCUGGUCAACAGGUACAAGCCAGACUUGAUUUGGUCAGAUGGAGACUGGGAAGCACCUGACACUUACUGGAAUUCUACAGGAUUCCUAGCCUGGCUCUACAACGAAAGUCCGGUCAAAGAUGUGGUGGUGACCAAUGACAGAUGGGGGGCGGGCUGUUAUUGUAAACAUGGAGGUUAUUAUAACUGUGCUGACAAGUUCACUCCUGGACACCUUCCCAACCACAAGUGGGAGAAAUGCCAGUCAGUGGACAUAAUAUCAUGGGGGUAUCGCCGAAAUAUGAAGCUAAGCGAACUGAUGGAUCUACCAUCCAUUAUAAAGGACAUGGUCUACGUCGUGGCAUUAGGGGGUAAUUACCUGUUGAAUAUAGGGCCUACAGCAGAUGGCAUUAUUGCACCAGUCUUUGAGGAACGUCUCAGAGGAAUCGGAACCUGGCUGAAGGUCAAUGGUGAAGCCAUCUAUGGAACUAAGCCUUGGAGAGUCCAGGCUGAGAAUGCUACUGUUCUCGUCAGGUAUACGUCAAAAAGCAGCACGGUGUAUGCGAUCUUCACCUCCAAUCCCAUGCAGAACUCCUUUAAGCUUUUAACUCCUAAAACCUCUCACAACACAGUGGUGACUUUGUUGGGGAACCCUGAGCCUCUGAAAUGGGCUCCUCUGCAUACAUCAGGACUUAUUGUUCAGCUGCCUGAUCUGCCUUUAACACCCGCUGAAGCCUGGACCCUCCAGCUGGAUGAGGUGGCAUAAAGCCUUUAAAAACCUUUAAAAACCUUUUUGUAUAUUUUUAUGAGAUUCUCAGGGAUGUGACCCCAAAGCCCCACCCCACUUAUUUUCACAUUUGAAAUGUAUGACCCUUGUGAAUGGCCUUAAACGGUU